GGCAGCAGUAGAAGGAGCUACAGAAGCAGUGCUGUGUGUCUGGAUAUUUAUCAUCUGGGAUUUCUCAGGAAGGAUGGUUCUUCUGCCAACAAGCGCUCCUGCUAACUUCAGCACAACGGUUAUGUAUGGAGACCAAAACCAAACAAAUACAUUGACGUGCCCUCAUGCAGAAUUGAAAUCUUGGCACUAUACUGUGCUGCCACCUUAUUACCUGGUCAUCUCUGUGCUGGGAAUCAUCUUGAAUGUGUUUGUACUGGGGGUUUUCUGCUUUCAUAAGAAGGCCUGCUCCGUGGCGGAGAUCUUGCUGGGAAACAUGGCCGCUGCUGACCUCAUCCUGAUGGCUUUCAUACCCUUCUGGGCUGUGUACACGGCCGAAAGAUAUAACUGGCCCUUUCCUCAUCCCCUGUGCGCAGUGGUCACCCUCUCUAUCACCAUGAACGCCUACUGCAGCAUCUACUUCCUCGUUCUGAUAAGCAUUGACCGUUAUGUGGCCCUGGUGCACCCGCUGUCCCAUGACGGAAUACGUCGGCCAAGAUACGCCAAAGUGGGCUGUCUGCUGGUGUGGUGUUUCGGCUUGCUCCUGAGUGUCCCCGCACUCGUCUACAGGAAAGUGACAUAUGACAGUAGAGUAAACUCUUCUGUGUGCCGAAUUGAUUACCCAAAUAACACUGUAUAUUGUCUGUUCAGUGGGAUGCUAAUAAUAUUCACCUUUGUCAUCCCAAUUUCCAUUAUUUCCUUCUGCACGUUUAGGAUUAUUCAAGCACUGAACAACAGGUUAGCUGUUGGGUCGAACACAAGAAAAACUGAGCACAAGGCCACCACUCUGGUGCUGGCAGUGCUACUAGCGUUUAUGAUUUGCUGGGUACCAUUCCACCUGUCUAGGAUAGUUGAGAUGUUUUUACAUGCAGGCAUGAUUACGAACUGUACCCUAAUAACCAUCACCAACGCCUGCGGACAUAUCUCCAUGAAUUUGGCUUUCUUCAACAGUGUUCUCAACCCCGUCCUCUACAUUAUAGUAGGAAAGAAUUUCCACCAAAAAGUAAGGGAUCUCUUCACGCGGAGGAGCACCAGUAGCAGAACAUCCUCCACCACCUGGCAAAUGUCAAGAAGUGUCAAAACCGAGCAGGUCUCAAGCUGAUCUACAGGAGAAGCUUUUUUUCUCAUAUUAUUCUUAAUUAUUUUUUUUUUUUAUGGUUUUCUCUGAACACCUUGUGAUAGAAAGUGCUCGAUGACACCACGUGACUCAAUUUACCGUUAAUGCCCUAUAACUUUUGUUUCCAAAAGAAAUUUUUCAGACCAAUAUUAUCACUGCAAAAUAUUUAAACAGCACUGCAAUAGUAAUGGGCCGCAAAGUACUAUUAUGGAGUGUACAGAAGAGCUGGAAACGACCUUUUCUGUGUCUAAGCAUGUUUUAAUAUCCCAAGUUUGCAUGUGUUUCCUUCCUCCUCCGUGUGCUUGUAUCAGGAUAUAUUUGUAAACCUGGUUCUCUGUGCUGGUGGAGUCACUCUAGAUUUUUGAAAUCUUUAUGUUGAACAUCAAUAACCAAACUCUGCCAUAAAUUGUAACCAUGUAUUUCCCUGUCUGAUACUGACACUGGAACUCAUGUGGCCUUUCUUUGAUUCCAGAAAGCUAAAAUCUGAAAAUGGCCACCUACCACUAUGCGCACCUACCACUGUGCGCACUUUUGCAUUAUUGUAGGUUAAGUUUGAUGCUUUGUACAGUUUUCUUUACAACUCAAUUUCACCACAGUAGAAAAAGUUGUCACUUGCUCAGUCAUGUUGGUGCUUUUAAAGGAACAACCCUGUUUUACAAUUUUGAAAAAAUUUGCAUCAUCAAUGUAGUUAUACUUUGUGACAGUAUUUACAAAGAAAAUAAAG